AGAAGGAAAGAAAGGAAGAAAGAAAAAUGUAAGAGCAUGGAGCUUUAGAUUAAAAAGGAAGCUUAGCUGGUCAUUCUAUUACAAAGUAGUCACUGUAAUGGGCCAAACGAAAGGUUUUCUCAUCAUUUUAGGGUUUGCCUUAUUUGCGCGGGAAUCGUUUUUAUUCAGUGAUGAUGAGAUAUUGGGCAGUUGGACAAUCAAUUCACAACGACCAUUCUAGGGUUUUUGGAGAGUAAAAUACAGAAAAUGACACAAAGUAAAAGUUGGUAAUGGGUUUUUUCUUAUUUGCAAUAAAGAUUAACUCCCUAAUAAGAGGGUUACAGGCUAUAAAUAAGCAUUCUAGGGUUAGGGUUGGCAGGAACAAACUCAGAGCUAGUUUGCCACUUCCCCUCUUCCCCCAUCUUCCUCUCUCUAUUUCUUUCUUUCUCUUCUAUGCCAGCUUCUGAUUCUGGAUCUCUGGAAGAAUUGGAGAAUUGCAGCUGUUUUCUUGGUGGGUGUGGAGAAGAAGGUAGAGUAGAUUUGGGGUCUUGUAGGAUGAGGAAGCGUCAAGUUGUGCUUAGGAGAGAUGAGCCAUCAAGAAGCUCAGCUAAUUCAUCUUUCACAGUGAGGAGUGUGAGGUAUGGAGAGUGUCAGAAGAAUCACGCUGCGGGUGUUGGAGGGUAUGCUGUUGAUGGGUGCAGAGAGUUCAUGGCGAGCGGUGAAGAGGGAACCAGCAGUGCACUCACCUGCGCCGCCUGCGGCUGCCACCGGAACUUCCACCUCCGGGAAGUGGAAACCGAGUUAGUGUGCGAGUGUUCUUCCCCUACCUCAAAUGGGAAAUAGAAUUUUAAUAAUCAUUUCAUAUCUACAUCUGGUGUUUCCUGUAAUGAAUUGUCUCCUGCUUUUCCUUUGUUGGGUUUUGAGAUUGUUGUGUUAUUUUCUUUCAUGGUUGAUGAUGCACUCGACUGAACUUCCUCUUUGAUAACCAUAUAUAUUGAUGGAAAAAAAUAUGAGUGUACUGUUGCGUUGUUUUGAA